AACAUUUCGCUUUAGCUUUGUAGGGAGAAAUAUGUCCGUGAGUCUGGGCUUUUAGCGGGUUACAUUUGUUUUAAAAGUGAGCCUGUUAGACUGAUACAUGUAGCCAGGCAUCUCCACAGUGACAAACCCUCCGGUUACAAAACCUCCGGUCUGACAGGUUCAAUAACCGUAGUCUAACAGCUCACCUCUUCUUUCAGCUUGUUGGCAGACGUGCCUUGGGCCUCUGCUCCCGGUCUCUGGGCUCCUCAGUGUGGAAAGGAGAUGCAUACAGGCUACACAGGAGCCCAGCUGCAGCUGCGCAGGUGCGAUAUGCUUCAGGACGUAAAGGUUUUCUGGGGGAGUUUGUGGAUAACCUUCGUCAGGAGUUCAGUAAAAAUCAGGAGAUGAAGGAGAACAUAAAGAAGUUCAGAGAAGAGGCCAAGAGGCUCGAGGAGUCUGAUGCUCUCCAGCAGGCCCGCAGGAAAUAUAAAUCUAUAGAGGCUGAGACAGUGAAGACUUCAGAGGUGUUUAAAAAAACCUUUGGCUCCCUGACAGACACUGUCAAAGAGGGCCUUGAGGAAGUCAGUCGCACUGACAUCGGGAAGAAGAUCAAGGAGGGUAUGGAGGAGGCAGCCAGGUCAGCCAUGCACUCUGCUGAGUCUGUGUCCAAAGGAGGAGAAAAACUGGGCAGGACCAGCGCGUUCAAGGCCAUCUCACAGGGUGUAGAAACGAUGAAGAAGGAGAUUGAUGUCGGCGACGCCGGCCCGUACAGGGCUCCCUCUCAGCUGAGGAAGAGAAGCGAUUUCUCCUCUAAAGGAGGAGACAGUGACUCCAGAGUGUUCGAGGCCAAUGAACAGGCUAUGGGUGUGGUUCUCCACAAGGAUUCAAAGUGGUACCAGCAGUGGAAGGACUUCAAGGACAAUAACAUUGUUUUUAACAGAUUCUUUGAUAUGAAGAUGAAAUAUGAUGAAAGUGACAAUGCCCUGAUCAGAGCAUCCAGAGCUGUAACUGACAGAGUCACCGAUUUCCUUGGUGGUCUUUUCUCUAAGACAGAAAUGUCUGAGGUGCUCACAGAGAUCCUGAAGGCAGAUCCCACCUUUGAUAAAGACUCUUUUCUCAAACAGUGUGAGAAGGACAUCAUCCCCAACAUACUGGAGGCUAUGAUCCGUGGAGAGCUGGACGUAUUAAAAGACUGGUGCUAUGAAGCUACAUACAGUCAGCUGGCCCAUCCCAUCCAACAGGCCAGAGCACUUGGACUGCUCUUCCAGUCCAAAAUCCUCGACAUUGACAACAUAGAUCUAGCGAUGGGUAAGAUGAUGGACCAGGGCCCAGUAUUGAUCAUCACCUUCCAGGCUCAGGUCGUCAUGGUGAUCCGCAGCCCCAAAGGAGACAUUGUGGAGGGAGAUCCGGAGAAGGUGAUGAGGAUGAUGUAUGUUUGGGCAUUGUGUCGCGACCAGGAGGAGCUAAACCCCAACGCUGCCUGGAGACUCCUGGACAUCUCUGCCUCCAGCACUGAGCAAGUCCUCUAGGAGGAGGAGGAAAGCAGGUGAAAAGGUCCAUGUGGGUCAGAUGAACUGAGAAAAAGGACAGAAGAUACAAGAAUGUGCCUGGAAUAUGUGCACAUACUGACUCAUAUAUUUAUACACCUGAGAGCAGAAAAUGCUGCGGUGUUAAGCCAGAGACUGUAUUUGCACACAGUAUAUAUAUUCAUCAACUUUAAGGUGCGAAAAUAUAUAUGAACAUGGAGAUAAACUAAAGGUAUAUGAUAAUAUCCAUAGAAAAAAGUGCGUUCACCAAUAUGUGCGUGUAGUCUCUUGCACUGGCUAGCUCAGUGUUUGGGUCUCCAGGUGGUGUGUGUAUUUAAAACAUUUACAUUAAUAUUGAAAUGGACAGAACCAACUUUUUCACCAACUGACUAAAAGAGGAGCCUGUGUCAUUUCCCCCACUGUAUCGUCCAGUGGUACAGUCCAUCCAUACCAGUCUGGUGGCUGGAUCCAGGAGCACAGAGGAAAAAAAAGGCCAUUGUGCCUGUGACUUCAUCCAUUGGUCUCUAGAAGGACAUUUAAUUGCUCACCACUGUGUUUGUCAAGUAAUCUACAUAGGAAAUUUAAACUGGGCUAAUGGCAUGGAGCCUUAUUGCAGCAACCGGGUCUCUUAUGCUGGGACAGCAUAAGGCAGACAGGUCCCAUGCUUCAAAUUUAAAGGGCACUCCCAACAGUUUUACACAUGACCAGUCUACUCAGCCUUCUGUGGAGGGAGUUUCUAAAAUCCAAAAUUUCCAAAACUGGAUUGGGCUUGAGACUUUUUUUUUUUUUUUUAGCAGAAAGUCUGUGUUAUGCUGUCUGUCAGUGUAGAAGUAUAUACAGCCCUUUAGUGACACCCUUAAACAAACAAUACCCGUCUCAGAUCACCAUAGAAACACUGUCAGUGUUUCUUUGAAUGAAGUUUUCUUCAUCAAUGCCAAAUUACCAGUGGCUAUUAUAAGAAAUGGACCUUAAGGAAAUCAGCUGUGGUGGUUUCUGCUCGGUUCCUCCUGCAGUCACGUCGGGGGGAAAAAAAGCUAAAUACAUGUGCAGCAAGUACAAUUACUUUUGAACCAUAUAAUAUAGGAUGUAACAGUCUGUGCAGUCAGGAUCCAUCCUGUCGUACGUACUGAAGAUCAGAGCACUCGAUGCACUACAACCUGAGAAACCACAAGCACACCAGAGAGGGCAUAUCCAGGUUUGUAUUUGCAGUACACUUUGAAACACAGCUUAUGUUUUCACAGUUUGUGGUGCAUUAGCCUCUGAUUCACUAUGUUCUCCCUCAGUUAGAGGAAAUGUAAUGUAUCUACAUAUUAAUGAGCUCUUAACUCCUUGUAAAUAUAUCAAAUGUCGAACUGCUUCUUUGUAAGCCUGGAGGGGACCACAUAGAACUAUUGUCACCAUGGCAGCUUUAUUGUUUGAGAAUCAUUUGUCAUCUCAUGUUGUACAUUUUUCAGCUGUUUGUCAUAUUGGACUGGUUUACUGUUAAUGUUCGUGGCUCUUCAAGGGGGAAGUACUGAAGAUAAAAACUUGAAUGAAUGAGCAUGUGACUGCAUUGUUGUGUUGACUCUUUCUGUCAUUUAUGCUGUGUGAUCAUGUGGGUCUCUACUCACGUGUCACUAAGGAUCAAACACUUUAUGAUUGAUUACUGUUUCUUUCCUUGAUUAUUUUGUUAAUCUAGAAAGACGUCCAUGCUUGUGAAGAGAAGUUGUAUAACAAAUUCCAUUAAUGUGAGUUGGUUUGUUACUAAUGAUACUAAAAUUCAAAUUUCCCUGAUGGUCACAACAUGCUCGACUCUCAUUCUCUUUGUCAUGAGUCUUGGUGUCAUGCUGAUGGCGUGUUAUCCACCACAUGGUUGUGGCAUUGAGAGACAGAAAAAUCUUAUGAAUGAAUGUGAAUUCAUUUCACCAAAUCCACCAAACAGGGCGACACUCAUUGUAAAAUGUUGACGUUAACACAUGAGAGAACAGACAGGGAGAGACUUGCAGUUUUAGUAGGGUAUAAACAUAAUAAUGUUUCCCAGUCUGUCAGUAUAGAUAUUUUUGGUAUACAAUGAAUAUUAAUGUUUUUUGGUUUUUUUUAGGUGCCUUGACCUUUCAUUUGGUGCAUUUGUCAGAUCCAGUCUUCAGGAAAUAUCAAACUCUUGCUGGAAGAUUGUAUGAAAUUUACUUAGCUUUCCUCUAGUGCUACUAAUGGCCAAAAUGUCAUCUUUGGACACCAAAUACUGUUUAUCAUUAAUUAGAAUUAGGAUUCCCAAGCUGUCCACGGGGAUGCAUCUUUUUUGAUUUAAUGACAACAAAGCCUUUCCUCAAGCAUCACCCAGAGGAGAAACCGUUCUAAUGUUUUUUUCUUUGCAGCACUUUCACUUUGUGGGCUGUAAUGAUCGUUACAUCAUUCAUCAAUUCUGUAUAUUAAUCCAAGUCACAAAUACUGGAUUGGUAGACCCAGCUUCCUAACUUAUUAGCAUGUCUGAAAAAUCUAUUGUGUCAAUAAUGGUUUAGGAAAUCAUCAGGUUUGCUUGAAAAAUGACUUUGUUCAUGGCACAUUUCCCAUGAUUAAGAGCCAUUAUUUACAACAUGUAGUGCAUAUGCAUUUUAAAGUUUUCCCUUAAGAUUUACACAUUACAUCCAUCUUUCAAAAGCACAUUCAUGAUUUUGUGUUAUAGUUGACCAAAGAAAAAUCUAUUCAUGAGUUUUUCUAUUUUUGUCCAGUAAUAUGUGUGUCUGCAGAAUAAAGAGCGCAGUGUUAUGACUUGCUUGGUCCAAGCUUUCUUACAGUCAGCAGCUUUGUAUGCAUUGUGUGGGUUUGUGCUCGCAAGAGAAAAUUAAACUCUGUACUCUGUG